AUGGACAUCCCUAUAGCAGAAAACGUCCUGGGAACUCUAGGCGCGCUCCUACCCCAGAUUAUAAUAAAUUACAAAAGACACGACAUUGAAGGCUUGCAGGGGUCAAUGAUGCUGUUAUGGGCAGCUGCGGGGGUCCCUCUCGGGGUGUACAAUAUCGUAGAAGAGUUCAACGUGGCUCUAAGAGUCCAGCCUCAGAUACUUACAACUCUGAGCCUUGUUACUUGGGGUCAGUGCCUAUACUAUGGGAAGAGGUACUCUGUCACGAGAUGUAUUGCUUCGGUCGCUCCUCUUUUUCUAAUUUUUGGUGGCACUGAAGCGGGAUUAAUAUUUGCAUUAAAAGAAGCCCGAUCUCAUGGUAUCAGAUGGCCUCUCAUCUUGAUGGCUAUUUUAAGCGCAUGUCUGCUCUCAGCAGGGGUGCUGAGGCAUUACUGGGACAUUUAUGUCCACCGAACUGUACGAGGAAUCAGUUUCUUCUUUGUGGGCAUCGACGCCGCUGGUGAUCUGUUUUCUCUCAUAUCUAUUUGUGAGUAUAGUGAGAUGUUUGGGUGA